CCGUCUAACCGCCUGAGUCACCGACAGCAACCGUGUGUUUACCUCCACCGAAAACCUCUCUGAUUAAAACGAAAUUAAUCACAUUACUGCCGAGAUUUCAGUUUUAUUCUUUCCUCACACGUCUCUGCUUACGGGAAAACCACUGUCACGUUUAAUAAAGAUUACUUUUAGCCAUUUUUAGAGACGAAAUGUGAAGAAAACUCGCUGCGAGUUGUACAAAGUGGCUGUGUAUUAGAGAGGUUUGAAGCCUCCUGGAAACAAAUAAAGGAGUCCUGGUCACCAAACAUGACCUCAGUCUGAAGGGAAGAGCGUUUUCUCACUGAUACAAUAACAAUUGUGGUCUAAAACUGUCCUCUUAUAUGGAUUUUAUCCCCAAAACGUGGAAGAGAAAACACAAGUGUCGCCACAUUUCAGCCGGCGGCCGGGCGGCUGUGCGUGUUGCCUCUCCACGGUUCUCAUGUGCUUUAUAAGUCCCGCCUCCUGCUCUGAGCUCGGACACGUUCAGACGAACACAGCAGAGCGCAGACACGCAGAGAUGGCAGAAGAAGUUCCAGCAGCGGCCCCGGUGAAAGCCCCGGCUAAAGCCCCGAAGAAGAAGGCGACUCCCCGCCCCAAGAAGGAUGGCCCCACCCUCCCGAAGCUGAUCCUCAGCGCCGUGGCUGAGUCCAAGGAGCGCAAGGGGAUGUCGCUGGCGGCCAUCAAGAAGGUUCUGGCCGCCAAAGGCGUCGAUGUGACCAAGUCCAACAAGCGCAUCAACACCGCCGUGACCAAGCUGGCCACCGGAGGAACCCUGAGCCAGACCAAAGGCACCGGGGCGUCCGGCUCCUUCAAGCUCGCCAAGAAGGAGCCCAAAGCCGCCGCACCUGCGAAGAAAGUGGUGAAGAAGAAAGCGCCCGUCAAAGCCAAGAAGCCCGCAGCAAAGAAAACCGCGGCGAAGAAGCCGGCAGCCAAGAAGCCGGCAGCGAAGAAAGCAGCGGCAGCCAAGAAGUCCCCGAAGAAGGCUGCGGUGAAGAAAGCCGCGGCGAAGAAGCCGGCAGCGAAGAAGACUCCCAAGAAGACCCCCGUCAAAAAGAUGACGGCCGCGAAGAAGCCCGCCGUCAAGAAGCCCGCUGUGAAGAAAGCUCCGGUAAAGAAAACCGCAGCCAAGAAGUCCAAGAAGUGAAGCGGCUCCGGCUCAUCCAGCACUCAGUGCACCAAAGGUUCUUUUAAGAGCCACCACAGCUUCCCCUCAAGAGCUUCUCCUGCAUCAUGUCACCACAUUUAACUCAGUCAAAUGCUCAAAGAUGAUGAAGACGUUUUAUGCUACUUCCUAUCUUUCCUUGAUGAUAAUCUUCAUGAACACAUUUUAAAGUGAUGACACUUCUGUUUGGGCUUUUAAAACAUCAGAAAUAUUUUGUUACAGCUGCUCACUAUCAACUCAGUGCACACAGGAAUAGAAUUACUAGGCAAAUCAGAAAAUAUAUAUAUAUAUAUAUAUAUAUAUAUAUAUAUAUAUAUAUAUAUUAUUAGUAAUAGUGCAUGUACAGUUAAGUGUAGUUUAAGAUGAUUAUGAGAUGGAGGAUAUUGCACUGCAGUAAUAGAAGUAUGAAUAAAUAUCAAUGAAUAGGGAAUUUUAAACUGAGAAGAGUAUAUUGCACAUCAGUAUUAAAUAGAGAAUAUUGCACAAUUACUUCUAGUAUUGCAGUGAUGUUAAUGGUCCAAUGUCCAGUUUAAUGACUUAGGGUCAUGUAGACUAACAGGAGUUAGUUAAAGAAGGCAGGAAUGACUUCCUGUGGUGCAUUUUGGGGGGGAUGAGUCUUUCGCUGAACAUGUUGGACUGAUUCAUGAUCCAUAUCUGUGAUUGCUGUUGACAACAACAGAACUACCUCUAAUACACAUAAGUUUAUUAGGAUUUAUCUUGUUGCAGGUUUGUAAGAGUUUAAUGUGUUUUGUUUUAUUUCCUUUUGGUAGCUUUUUGCUUUUUUUUUCUUUCUUUGUGAAAUAUGCUUAAAAUCACACUUAUCAACA